AAGGAUAUAAAGAGGAUUGUAUGCAUCUGUUCACACUGUCCAUUGGCCAUGCUUUCUCUUAGCAGAGUGUUAAGUGACAUAUCUCCAAGUACACUUAUAGAAACCUUUUUGCUGUACACCAACUCGGCGAUUCAGAAUAAUAUCAUGGGAGUAGAAAGUUGUCUACAGCAAUCUUUUUCUGUGCUAGACAAAUCGAACAGGCAAAAUAAAAUAACGUGUACUCUAAUGCAACUGUCUGUUUUUCGAACAUUAAAAUUUGAUAUCGAGGCUGCAAAUUUUGUUUGUGGAAGAAAAAGUGCAGGACAGGCAAACUUGAAAUGCGAGAUCGACUAUCUGAAGCGAUAUCAUUUCCUAGAAUCCAUCGAAAAUUUAUUUCAGCCUGAACCAGUUGGCACAGACAUAAAACAAAAGGCAUCUUCAUCAAAAUGUUACUAUAUUCAUCCAUUAGUUUAUCAAUUCCUGAAAUCAAAGGCGAUACAAUAUCAAAACCUUGUUAAUAAAGCAAGGAAAAGAUAUGUCGAAUAUGUACAUAAGACUAUCUCAAAAACCGCAAAAAUGACUUCUGCUGAAUCGCUGAAGACUAUUGCCAAAUACGAACCUCAUUUUGAAACUUUCUAUGAAUAUGUAAUGCAUUUGCAUACAAACCCUAGACCUACGUUUACCGAUCUCCCCAGUGCAUUAAGUGUUAUAAAUACUGAAUGGUUAACGGAUCUGAUUUUGGACACUACUCGGCGAUGUCAGUAUUACAAAAGUAUGAUUUCUGAAGCUAAAAAAUAUGAUCAGGUAUUGGACCUUAUUUAUUAUAAAACUUGUCUGGGAAAACUUUAUUUUGAUAAUGAUAGACUGGAGAGGUGCUACAUCAUUUUGACCGAAAUUGAUUCUAUAAUAAAUAAACAUAAACAACUAUCAAAAGUAGUUAAGUAUGCGAAACAAGAACAAAAGACCAAAGACUACCCCUCUGCAUUGAUUCUAGGUGGAUUCUGGACAAUUAAGGCUCGAUAUCUAAGCAUGCUUGGAAAUUAUGGUGAGGCCAGACAGUGCCUCAAGUGGGCAUUAUAUACAAUAAAGAAAAAGGAAAGGGAUUGUUGGUCACAAAUUGCAAAUAUUUACAAUUUAAUGGGAGUAAUUGCAUUUAAUUCCAAGGAAUAUAAAACUUCAAGAGAUUGCCACUUUCAAGCUUUCGAAUUAGUGGGAAAAGAACAUGAUGAUUUCACCGAUAAAGACAUUUUCCUGACUAACAUAGGAAGUGCAUUCUUCAAGGAGUGGGAUCAAGAUCGACUAAACGAGGAUGCUUUACGAAAAGCAGAGAAUUACUACACCAGGGCUCUCUCUUUAGAUACAGCAAGAGCGGAAAAAAGAGCAAAAAUUCUUAAAAUGAGAGGCAAACUUUACCUUUUACAGGAAAAAUUCGAGGCCUCGGAAAAAGAUUUACAAGAAAGUUUGGAUAUAUGGAAACAAUAUGUACACCCACCCCACAUAAAUCUGAUAUCAUCCUACCAUGGAAUAAGUUUUCUGUUCGUUUCGAAGGCAGCACACUUGUUAAAAUUCGGAGAUCUUUCGGAAAAGGCUGCAGCUUUCCUUGCAAGAGCUUAUGCCAACUACACAGAGAUUAAAAAACAGAUAGAACAAGGAGGAUUUACCAACUGGCAGAAGAACAGAGUCCUUUACGAUGAAAUAAAGAAGAACCAUGAGAGAGUUUUAAAACAACUGAAUAAGGAUGAGAGGGAAGUCGAACAAGUUAAUAGGUUCUAUCGGGAUUUUGAAGCUGGAAAAUUUAACGAGAAAAUACCCUGUAAUCAGAGUUUGGACCUAGACGAUGAAUUUUCUCAGAUGCGAUCAAUGUCUACUAAUCAGAACAUGGAAUCGGAAAAUGACGAUUCUGAUUCGCCAUCAUCUGACUCUGAAACUUCCUCUUCCAAUAUAACAUCCGACGAAGAAAUCUCUAAUACCCAAAGGUAUAAAAACAAAAUACUGAGUUUUGAUGAAAACACAGACUGUAUAGGUGUUGCAACUCCUGACGAGACAAAAAGCGUAAUAGGAACACGAAAGCCAGAAAGCAGUCUUCACAGCGGUUCUAUAGACAGUGGCAUGGGAGAUUCCAUCACGAGUUGCUCCUCUAUGUCAGAUUCUAAUUCGAAACCGAGGCUCUUGUCUAUACCUUCGGGUUCAAUGGAAGAAGAGGUAUUUUCUUCUUGUGAAAAAAGUGCAUUGAACCAUAAAAACUUUCCUUGGAAGAGGAAAUUUUCUGACAGACAAAAUACAUGUACAUUAAAAAGACAAAAAGGUUUUGACGAAGAUUUUCAAUGCAUGGGUCCCAAUAAUGCAUAUUAGAUUGUACUCGUUACAAACCUUCUGAGUGGAAUUUAUCCUAAACUAUCAAACAAUGAGGUUGUUUGGUUUAUUAUAAAGUUAAUUCUUUUUUUUAUCUUGUAUGUGUCGAUUGCAAAUUAUGGAAUAAAUGGAUAAAUGCUGCGUGACCUAUUUUCAAAUGCUACAUACCUGAUCUA